AUGACUGAAAACCGCUUGCAAGAAGUGUAUUUGGGUAAUAUGGAAGCAUCUGUUGUUGACGCCCUUGUGAAGUUCUGCUACUCUGGAGAGAUAAAUAUUAGUAACGCCAAUGUAUUGAACAUUCUAUCCACUGCUCGUUUGUUUCAAUUGGACCAGGUUGAGGAGUUGUGUCGUGAAUUCCUGAAAAGAAAGUUGGAGCCGUCCAGUUCCUUGGUAGUACGACCGGUUACCGACAGUAUUUCGUGUCCUGAAGCCGACGAGAAUGUCUUGCAUAACUUCGAAAAUGCUGUGAAUACGGAAAAAGCUCAUGAAAUUCUCGUUAACCAACUAGUUGAACUGAUUUUAAAUGAAGAGCUAAGUGUACGAUUAAUGGCGCAGGUAUAUGGACCAGUUUUGUAUGAUAUUGUAAUAUUGUUAAUGCAGUGCUUCGGUGGAUCAGGUCCGACCUGUCAGCUCGAAAACAAUUUCUAUCAGAGAGUUCCUACUCAUUACAACUAUCUGCACCCGAACGACUCAGCAAGCAGUUACUAA